CCGGCCCUACACUCCAUGGGGUUGUCGCUGCCCAAGGAGAAGGGGCUAAUUCUCUGUCUGUGGAGAAAGUUCUGCAGAUGGUUCCAGAGACCGGAGUCGUGGGCUCAGAGCCGAGACGAGCAAAACCUGCUGCAGCAGAAGAGGAUCUGGGAGUCUCCUCUCCUUCUAGCUGCCAAAGAGAACAACGUGCAGGCUCUGAACAAGCUGCUCAAGUAUGAUUCCUGUGAGGUGCACCAGAGAGGAGCCCUGGGGGAGACGGCACUGCACAUCGCGGCCCUCUACGACAACCUGGAGGCCGCCAUGGUGCUGAUGGAGGCCGCCCCAGAUCUGGUCUUUGAGCCCAUGACAUCUGAGCUAUAUGAAGGUCAGACUGCACUGCACAUCGCUGUCAUGAACCAGAACGUGAACCUGGUGCGCGCACUGCUUGCUCGUGGGGCCAGCGUCUCUGCCAGAGCCACAGGUGCUGCCUUCCGCCGCAGUCCACACAACCUCAUCUACUACGGAGAGCACCCUUUGUCCUUUGCUGCCUGUGUGGGCAGCGAGGAGAUCGUGAAGCUGCUCAUUGAGCAUGGAGCUGACAUCCGGGCCCAGGACUCCCUGGGAAACACAGUGCUGCACAUCCUCAUCCUGCAGUCCAACAAGACCUUUGCCUGCCAGAUGUACAACCUGCUGCUGUCCUACGAUGGGCACGGUGACCACCUGCAGUCCCUGGAACUCGUGCCCAACCACCAGGGCCUCACUCCCUUCAAGCUGGCAGGGGUGGAGGGCAACACUGUGAUGUUCCAGCACCUGAUGCAGAAGCGGAAGUACAUCCAGUGGACGUACGGGCCGCUGACCUCCACGCUCUAUGACCUCACGGAGAUCGACUCCUCGGGGGAUGAGCAGUCCCUGCUGGAACUUAUCGUCACCACCAAGAAGCGGGAGGCUCGACACAUCCUGGACCAGACGCCAGUGAAGGAGCUGGUGAGCCUCAAGUGGAAGCGGUAUGGGCGGCCGUACUUCUGCGUGCUGGGUGCCAUCUACCUGCUCUACAUCAUCUGCUUCACCAUGUGCUGCAUCUACCGGCCCCUGAAACUCAGGACCAGCAACCGCACCGACCCCCGGGACAACACCCUCUUACAGCAGAAGCUCCUGCAGGAAGCCUACGUGACCUCCCGGGAUGACAUCCGCCUGGUGGGAGAGCUGGUGACUGUCAUCGGGGCCAUGGUCAUCUUGCUGGUGGAGAUUCCAGAUAUCUUCAGGCUAGGGGUCACUCGCUUCUUCGGACAUACCAUCCUUGGGGGCCCAUUCCACGUCCUCAUCAUCACCUAUGCCUUCAUGGUGUUGAUGACCAUGGUCAUGCGGCUCACCAAUACAGACGGGGAGGUGGUGCCCAUGUCCUUUGCCCUGGUGCUGGGCUGGUGCAAUGUCAUGUAUUUUGCCCGAGGAUUCCAGAUGCUAGGCCCCUUCACCAUCAUGAUCCAGAAGAUGAUUUUUGGUGACCUCAUGAGAUUCUGCUGGCUGAUGGCUGUGGUCAUCUUGGGCUUUGCUUCAGCCUUCUACAUCAUCUUCCAGACGCAGGACCCGGAUGAGCUGGGCCAUUUCUACAGUUACCCCAUGGCACUGUUCAGCACCUUCGAGCUGUUCCUCACCAUCAUCGACGGCCCCGCCAACUACAGUGUGGACCUGCCCUUCAUGUACUGCAUCACCUACGCCGCCUUCGGCAUCAUCGCCACACUGCUCAUGCUCAACCUGCUCAUCGCCAUGAUGGGCGACACUCACUGGCGGGUGGCCCACGAGCGCGAUGAGCUCUGGAGGGCCCAGGUUGUGGCCACCACUGUGAUGCUGGAGCGGAAGUUGCCUCGUUGCCUGUGGCCUCGCUCUGGGAUCUGUGGACGCAAGUACGGCCUGGGGGACCGCUGGUUCCUGCGGGUGGAAGACAGGCAGGAUCUCAACCGGCAUCGGAUCCGGCGCUAUGCGCAGGCCUUCAACAGCCUGGGCUUCGAUGACUUGGACAAAGACUUGGAGGAAAAACCGGAGCUGCGCCACCCGCUGGGCCCCCGCCAGCCCUUCCCUAGGUCCUCGUUGUCUCGAAGCGCAUCCCGCAGCAGCAUGAACUGGGAGAAACUCCGCCAAGGGGCCCUAAGGAGAGACCUGCGGGGGGUGAUCAACCGGGCUCUGGAAGAUGAGGAAGGCUGGGAAUACCAGAUCUGA